UCCCAACUGAGCAACCAGUCUGAAUCUUGAAAGACCUUGCUUUAUUGAAAGACAGAGCAGGCAAAUGGGCUGGAAUUGGACUGCAAGAGUGUAUCUCAGGCCAGAACUCCAGGGCAGCACCAGCAUGCUGAGAGCCUAGCUCUUCUGUAAGCUGGAGGGAAUGUUGGGGAGCUGGGGAAGAGGAAGUGGGAAUGGGGUGGCGGUGGUGUGUGCCCCAUCAAGUAAAGUCUCCCAAGUGCAGAGAGAGAUAGAUGGAUGUCCCCUCUCCAAAGGUGUUCUGGCUUCUGAAACAUUCUCAAAAUGGCCACUCUUCCAACAGGCAAACCUUUCCACAGCAAUUCAAUUGAAAUAAGUUGUGCAUUUUUGUUUGUUUUGGUUUGUGCCACCCACCCCCCCAUGGUGGUUUUGUUUCACAGGUCUGCGCCCUCUGUCUAUCUCUCUGCUAGUCCUUCCUGGACCCAGGCUGCAGAUGAAGGCAAGAGUGAGGCAUGGAAGCACAGCUCUGUUAAGGAAUAGCUGUGUGAUCUCAGAGUGGUCAUUUAACCUCUCUGUGCCACUGCUUGGCAGCUUGUAAGGAUGGACUGGGUGGUCAUAUCAGGACUCUUCACUUCUUUGGGGAUUUGAAGUUCUCAGAGCUCAGGCACUCCAGGAGUGACAAGAAAAAUCACUCAGAAGGAAAUUUCCUCUGGCCCAGGAUCACUAAGUCUAGGGAGGGGCUACCUUCCUCCAUUGAUUAGGCUGAGUCCCACAGAGGAGAACAUAUCCAAAGCUGCACAACACCAACUGUGUGAAAGGGGGAAUCCGGGCUGUUCCUCUUGGAAUGGCAUCUGCAGUUUUACCUUGCCCUAGGGAUUCUGUCCAAACAAUACAGGACAAGUGGCUCCUUCAGACGUCAUCCAGAUGAAUUAUUUGGUUUGACGUCACCUUCCCUUCCAGCCUCCAGUCAUCCUUCUAUUCCAGACUUGCUCCACUAUAACCUCAGACAAAUUAUAUCCUGCCUCCUACCCUCAGGCUCCACAUCUGUAAAAUGGGGAAAACAUUGCCCCAGAACCCUUUUAGUUUUAAGAUCCUAGAUCUGGGUUUGGAAGCUCAAGGAGCAUGAUGAGAACCAUGAGGUACCCUUGACUGCUUCUCUAUAGCAGCCCCAAAUCUUGAACUUGCUAGUGGGAAUUAAGAGUCCCAUAACUGUCUUGAAACCGAAUUCUUGUGGAAUUAUAGGAUAAAGCCAAUGGAACCCUAUGCCAUCACAGCCAUUUUCUUCUUGUAAACUUCCUGCCCUAAGACAGAGGUGAUGUGUGUGGGGGGGAAGAGAUCAGGACUGGGAGAGGUUCCAGACAAUGGAGAGAGAAAGCUACCACCCCACCACCUUGUAUACCACAACCUUCUGAGUCCCCAGAGACUGAUCUUUCUUGACCGUUUUCCUGCAGCUGUGCCCUAGUGGGGGUGGGGAUGGUGUCAGCCAGGGGAAACUUGCCUACUUGUCCCGGGCAGCUGCGAUCAAGACAGCUAUAGAGGGUGGACCCAAGGAUUGACCUAGUAUAGAAAUGUUAGAAGUGGGACAAGGGGGAAAAAGUGGAAACUGAGGAAAAAUUCAGGCAGAAAGUGAAUAGAGAAAAUGGACUGAGGGUCCCCUAGAAAUCUGCCUGAGUUCUGUCCCCUCUGAACUAUCACAGAAGCAGACAUCUCAGUGUCCUUGUUCUGAUGGAUUUAUGUUUUAUAUCAGAGGAUCAUCACUUAUGAUUCAAAGGGUUGAGUGUUUAGUUUACUACCACAACUACUGGGGCAGUGGGAUGCUCAGUGUGUGGGCAGUGGUCGGGUUGGAUCUUAGCACACUAGAGGGGUCACAGAACUAUAGCUGCUUGGGUGAAGACACUUCAUUUUUUUAAAAAGUCCAGCUGCUGACUGCGGUCUGAGAGCUUUACACUCCCGGGAAACUGAGACAGUCUGGUUAAAGAACUUUGCUGGAUCAGGAGAAUUCCACUAGAAGUCUGUCCAUUUUGUCCUAAAAUCUACAGGUACUGUGGUGAGGGAAGGUCAGCUUUUCCUGACAGCUGGGAACUGCAGCGUUUGUAGCCAUCUUGGUGCCACGCCACAGGCUCUUUUAAAUAGAGGCAACCGCACAGCCGCUGGCUUCAGGUGCUCUCAUUAGCUCUGGAUGCCAGCGGACGCCUUCCGUUUUAAAGGAGGCCUUGCACCAGAUGCGGAAAUCCUCUUGUUGACAGAAGCUUUGAGCUAAGAGUAUCACCAGCUCCCAAGGGACCUAUCAGCUCCUAGGCUGAGAAUUGCAAAACGGAUCUAUGGCUCUGUUGCUUGAGACAAUCUGGUCCAAGCUUUAGAGACUCCUCAAUUUCUGAUAACCUUAAAGUAAUAUUCCCCCAACUCUGCCUUUGGUUAAUGCAGCACUGGGGCCUCUGUGGAUAGAAUGAGAAGGGAGGAUACAGAGGAGACGGCCAUCGCUUAGUAGAUUCUUGCUAAAAUUAGGGACUGUUUCCAUUGGAAGGAACCAGCAUCAAAGAUCCCUUCCCUAAACUCUGCCCAUUCUACAGAGGUGCAAAGUGAGUCUGAAGCGACAGGCAUACACUCGUAAAUGAGCCACCUAGACUGAAAGCCGAAUCUCCACGACACUGCACUUCUUCCUCCAACAUCUGUGGGUGUUUUUCUUUCUUUUUUCCUUCUGGAGACUUCGCUCCCAGUCCUCACCCUGUCUUGGUUGCCCUCAGUCUCUAAGCGCAUCCCAGAAUCCCAACGGCCGGCAGAAAGUUUGGCUCUGUGGGACCAAGAGCCGGGCUCUCCAGACACUGCGUGGGCCCUGUUCUCUCUCUCCCCCUUUUCCUUCCGCGAUCCACUAGGCCUUCUCCCCACGCGUUUGUCAAUGAACGUGGCGCCGCCGCUUGGGCCCCGCCCCCCAUUCUCUCCCAUUGCCCAGGUACCGGCUAAUCAGGCGGAGCCCGUGGGUUGCUUAGCCAAUAGGACAGUAUUUCGGGCUAGGGCCGGAUGUGCCCGUUCUGAUUGGCUUGAUGAGGCGUGAUUGGCAGGUGAGCUCCCGCCCCGCCCCCGCCCGGAGGGAGGCUGAGCCCCGGGCGGCGCUGUCCACACGCAGCGGGUCCUGAAAGCGGCUCCGGGGCGGCGCGGUGGCGCACUGUGCGCGCCGAGCAGGCGGAGGGCUAGCGCCGGCGGCGGCGGCAGCAGCGCGGGCAUUAGAGCCGGCAGGGGCUUCAUCUCAGCACCGACAGCCCUGGCGGCCCCAGCAGCCCCGGCGGCAGGGACCUGCAUCCUCUCCUGCGCCCCUCGCUCACCGCUGGGCAGACGCGGCGGCUGUCCCGGAAGAGGCAAGCCGGGGACAGUCCCACCCGGACCCCCCGAGAGCGGGCAGCGGAUCUCCAAGAGUUGGUAGCGUGAGGCACAGCCAGGAGCGAAGGGGCCCGGAGCCUCGAGGCCCGCGGGAAGUUUAAGGGCGGCGGGUCCCGGUCUUCGAGGGCUGCAGUUCCGGGGCGCUCCGGGCUCCCAGCCUCAGCAGCUGUAGCGUCUCAGAAUCCACCGCGGUCCCUGCGCGGCGGGAGAAGGAGUUCUCGGCAACUUCGUUGGAGACGUCGGAGAGCCGGCGGGAGAAAGGUGGAGGGGCACGUCCAGCGCCAGAGACACCGAGCAGCGGGAGACAGGAAGGAUCUGGCGGAGGCCGAGGGGUGGACAGACCCUCGUAGCAGCAAGACCGAAACAGCCUGGCAGCCCGCGGGCCUCGCUGCCCCCAGAGUGAGACGAAGGGCCGUGUGCUCGCAGCCUCUUGCAAGCUUCUGCUCCGGCGCCGAGCGCCCCUAGUUAUCCCGGAGGUGGGCCCCUGCGCUAUGCCCUCGACGCUGCGGGCGCCUGGGCCUCAGCUUCUCGGGUGUGGGCCGGGAGCCGCCGCUUGAGCCCGCCGAGGAGCAAAGGCAGCUGGAGUUGGGCGCCCGCUCCCAGACCGACUGGCUGAACACUGUUUCCCGCCUCUCGGCUCAGCUCUCCGUGAUCUUCCGCAGGAGGCUUGGAGAGGGACCCCACGGCCGCAGAGGUGUUUUCUGAGCCCAGCUCACACGGUGCCUGGCCUGGUGGCGCGGCUCCCUAGGCUCUGUGAGCAGCCCUUUGGCGCCGAGAGGCAGCGGCGCGGGCCGACCUGCAGUCUGGAGCGCCCCGAUGGAAAUACACUGUAAGCACGACCCGUUUGCAUCCAUGCAUAGACAUGGAGGAGUGAAUCAGCUUGGGGGGGUUUUUGUGAAUGGACGGCCACUCCCAGAUGUAGUCCGCCAAAGGAUAGUGGAACUUGCCCAUCAAGGUGUCAGGCCCUGCGACAUCUCCAGGCAGCUUCGGGUCAGCCAUGGUUGUGUCAGCAAAAUUCUUGGCAGGUAUUAUGAGACAGGAAGCAUCAAGCCGGGGGUGAUUGGAGGAUCCAAACCAAAGGUUGCCACUCCCAAAGUGGUGGAAAAAAUCGCUGAGUAUAAACGCCAAAAUCCGACCAUGUUUGCCUGGGAGAUCAGGGACCGGCUGUUGGCAGAGCGAGUGUGUGAUAACGACACGGUACCCAGCGUCAGCUCGAUCAACAGGAUCAUCCGGACAAAAGUACAGCAGCCCCCCAACCAGCCAGUCCCAGCUUCCAGUCACAGCAUAGUGUCUACAGGCUCCGUGACGCAGGUGUCGUCGGUGAGCACCGACUCUGCAGGCUCCUCAUACUCCAUCAGUGGCAUCCUGGGCAUCACGUCUCCCAGCGCCGACACCAACAAGCGCAAGAGGGAUGAAGGUAUCCAGGAGUCUCCAGUGCCAAACGGCCACUCACUUCCAGGCAGAGACUUCCUCCGGAAGCAGAUGCGGGGAGAUCUGUUCACACAGCAGCAGCUGGAGGUGCUGGACCGUGUGUUUGAGAGGCAGCACUACUCAGACAUCUUCACCACUACGGAGCCCAUCAAGCCAGAACAGUGGUGCCCGGUGCUGAUGAGACAAUACUUGGUGCAGCCCCAGGCAGUCCUUUUCCAGACCACAGAGUAUUCAGCCAUGGCCUCGCUGGCCGGAGGCCUGGAUGACAUGAAAGCCAACUUGACAAGCCCCACCCCUGCGGACAUCGGAAGCAGUGUGCCGGGCCCACAGUCCUACCCCAUUGUCACAGGCCGCGACUUGGCAAGCACGACCCUCCCCGGGUACCCUCCGCACGUUCCCCCCGCUGGACAGGGCAGCUACUCCGCACCAACGCUGACAGGGAUGGUGCCUGGGAGUGAAUUUUCUGGGAGUCCCUACAGCCACCCUCAGUAUUCCUCCUACAAUGAUUCAUGGAGGUUCCCCAACCCAGGACUGCUUGGCUCCCCAUACUAUUACAGCGCCGCAGCCCGAGGGGCGGCCCCACCUGCCGCAGCCACCGCCUAUGACCGCCACUGACCCUCAGAGCCAUGUGGGCACCAAUUCUUCAACGCGUAUCAUUGAGAUAGACAGCUUCCUAAUCCCCCAGACAGACAGAGGGGCCCAACAAUGCCGUCUCCCACCCCAUCCCACACACAGCUGAAGCAUCCAACCCUCCAUUUUUCCCUGCCUAGGAUCCAGGUAGGGCUGUUGGACUUCUGGAUUCUUAUCCAUUUCAAGAGUCAGUUGACAAGCUUCUCCCAGUGGUGACAGGGGCUCUGCUGUUCUGAAGACCAUUGCAGCCCAGCCCAGCCUACCAGUCCUCCUGACCGUCUGACCAUCUGUGGGGUUCAGCCACGGCAGGCCUGCAAAGGAGAGCGGGCUUUUGUUGCUUCCCAGCACCCAUGUAAAUACCUUCUUCUUCUCCGUGGCCCUGAAGGUCUGACAGAGCAGAUUACCCACAAUGCACCACAGGCUAUCUUCCACCUCUGCACAGAACACCCUUCCCUCUGCCCUGGCGCCCUGUCAGGUAUCUCAAAGCCGUCUUUGAUACUGAUAGUGGCCACCUUGAGGAUGCCCGGCCUCUAGUUCACGUCUCGAAUAUCUACAAGGCUCACUGGGGGUCAUGGCACAAGCUUCCCCUGAGGUUCCCCCCAAGAGGAAUACACUUCGGGGAGACUCCCUGGCCUCUUGCCUCCAUUUCCACGGAGCCACCAUAGUGUCAAUGGUCCUUUUCUGAAUCAAGGGACUCCAAGAGAACUGUCUAGGACAGCUGCUGUCCUAAAGAAAGAGGUCAUCCAUCCAAGCGCUGAUGGCAUUGUGACUCUGAAUAGCUAUCUGGAUCAAAAGAUCAUCGGACCCAGGCCAGGGUCCGAUGGUCCUCCUGGCCCCUGGAACCACCAAACUGAAUAUGUUUGCUGAGGCAUGCCCAAGCUCAGACCUCUUUGGACAUCAGCCAUGGGCACUUUGCAACCAUCCUUUGGGACCCCCAACGACUGGAUUCUGGGCGAGUCUGUCCCAGCCACAGAGACAGUGGCUGGCAGAAAGGACUGAUGCCAGCACUGAGGACCAGCAUACCCUGCAGGCAUCAGCCAGGACCCGAGCUUCCUCUCAAGCAGCGCUGCCACCCUUGGGGAGCACAGAGUGUGGCUGGGCAUGGAGGUGCUGGGGAUGGUGGCAGGUACCCGACCUACACCUGCAGGCCAGCUUGCUCAUACAAGGUGUCGAGAUGGAACUCACUGUGGGAAAGGCAGAGGAAUCCGUGGGAGACAGAGGAGGGGCUAGGGGAGGGACGGGCCAAACACUGAGGAACUGGUGGGUAACUUGAGGGUGGGUUUGAGUCUGGGGUGCCCGGUGAUACAAUUUAUUCAUCUGGAACCUCUGUUCUCUGCACAGCCCAUCCUGCCAACUCAAAAUGGCAGAGAAGAACCCCUGUCUAAACUGAGGCUUAACAUGAUCAUGUCAGCAAACGACGGUUUCACAUGACAGCAGCGUCCCUAGGGUCUGCCGUCUUGUGGGACUUCAGACCCUUGACCUCUCUGAGCCUCUGGGGGGCUAACAGCUGGCUUAGCUUACUAGUUUUCCUUCUCUCCCUUCCUCCCUUCCUCCCAGGGAGCUGAGGCAGGGGCAAUGUCACCUGGGGCAGGCCCUCCCUUUUGAGCAAGCACGUGGGAUCUUGCUAACGUUCCAGUCAAGUGUAAAACAAGGGUGGGAACCGAAAAGCCUUCAGAAAGACCUGGGCUAGUUCUGAGAGGAAACUGAGGCCCAGCUUAGGGAACCAGAACCAGAUGGGGAGACCAAACAGACCCCCCACACACACACACACACAAGUGUUUUGUGCCUCAAUACCUCCCACAGGGCAGUGGGACAGAAGAAGAAACUGAGGCUCAGUUAAGUGGAGUCCCCACUGACUGGCAGAGGUAGGGCUGGGACCUGGACCCCUUUAGCUGUCACUUCCAUCUAGCCAUCUCUUGUACCUGGGAGAGAAGGUGACUGUGAAGAUGGUAAGAGGUACCAUUUGUCCCCGUACUCCAGAUCAGGCUUCCGAACAGGUACAACUGCCAAGGAUUCCUGUCACCGGGCCAGAGGCAAGGUGCAUGAGCUCGAAGCAGGCUUAGUGCUUGGGGAACUUGCUGCCAAAGAAAGGUAGCCGGGGCCCCAGCCCACCUCCAGGAGCUGAGUGACCUGCAUUCAGCUUCCACUUGUCAGCUAAGGUAGGAGAAGGCUCCAUCCUCAUGCCUCCUCUGUCCCGUGCCACUGGUCUCUUAGAGGGGUGUUCACCCUGUGCUCCUGGCAGUUCCAAGCUGCAAGAGGGCAGCCUCCCUGUACCAGCCUUCCAUGUGUACACCUUCCUUCCUUCCUUCCUCAGCAAAGCCCACCCAGCCCUGCAGUGGCUCCCCCUCCCCCGCCACCUGACCAUGCCCAUGUAAGGAGCUCCACCUGUGUGUCUUUCCUCUCUCCCCUGAGGUGCUGCUGGGCCUCAGAUUGGAGUCUGUAUUUAUGAGACAACCCGGGGUUCCUGGGGUGCCAGGGAGAAGCACAAGGGAGCAGAGGCACACGGCUGCUCAUGCACACACUGCUCUCGCCGGCUCUUGAGAUGCAGACGCACGUGAGUGUUCUCACAUUUGCACACCUGCUCUCUCCAGCUAGCACUCGCACACUGCAGACGCACAUGCCAGAGAAUUCAAAACGGAGUCUGAGGCUUCCGCAGCACCAUGGCAGGAGACCUGGCUAUUCCUCCACAGGCCUUCAGUCCUGUUUGAACUUGGUGAAAAGAGAUCUUUUCACACCAUUUGUCCAGCUCCAGCCCGAGAACUUGUGAUGAUAUACCAAGCCCACCUUUGCUAAGGCACCUGCUUAGAGAUUGUGCCUUCAUAACCGAAACUGCUUUGUAAUGCUCCACUAUCCCAUGGGGCUAAAAUCCUGGCAUCCAAGGCUCCCUGUGAAGAUAAGGAUGAAGAGAAUCCUCAGAUCUCCGAGUAAUAUUCUUUGCACACAGAGUUGAGCCCCCAUCAUGAAGUAUAUGACUUGAAGACUCCCACCCCUUAGUACUCCAGAAUUCCCCAGACCUACAAGAAGGAAAGAACAGAGCCCAAAAGUUGGUCCAGUAACAGAAAGGGGUUGGGGACUGGUGGCCUUGUUGGUCCCAUUAACACUGACACUUUCAGUCUUUACCUAAAUUCACCGGAACACUUCUGAGUGUUCACAUGGAGCCUUUCCCUGAUGUACCCUGAGGCUCCCAGGACAGUGUGUCCAAGCCCAUGCCACGGUCCCUGGCAGGGUCUAGACAUGAACAGGUUCUGGCUCUCAGAGCAUGAGGCAACAGUUCCAUGAGCCAUCUCCAUUCUCUUUUCUCUGCCCUUUCUACUUUGGAACAAACUGUGACAAUGUGCAGGGGUGCCUGGGCCAUCCAGAUUGCAAUAUCUGAGGCCAGCCGGGUGGUUCAAACCCACCCUCUGGGCAGGGCACAAAGCAGCAGGGUACGGUGCAUCUCCGGGUGUCUAGAGCAUGAUUGGCCCAUGGAUUGGCAUCUCAAUAGUGAAAACUUUAAAAACGCCCUUUCAGUCAAAGGAAAAGGUGCCUAUGGGCUGAAUGGAGCCCACCAGCCACCGACGUGUGAGCCCCAGUCUUGUCAAAAGCCCUUCUGUUCUCUCCUUACUCUUCCACGAACACUUGGAGAAGACGGGAAGGGGAUGAGAGAUGUGCAAACAGUUUGAACUUGGGAAGUGGUGGUGGGGUGAAAGACGCACGUGGUGGGUCUGAGGGGAGCUGGUGGUUUUCUACGUAUGGAGCCCCAGAUGUGGCCACAGGGCAUUGAGGGGUGAAAUCCCUUUAUGAGGAGGCAGGCUCCGAAGUGACGGCUGUGCCUUUGGCAGCCUUAGCUCCAUCCACCCCCUUGUGGGUGACAUUUCAGCUAGAAUUUAACUCCGAGCCAUGGGGAGCAAAUCUUAAAAACAAACCGAGCACUCCCAAACAAAUACUAGGAACAAGUGGAGACAGAAACGCAGUCUCCCAGGAGACCCCUGCACAGGCCAGGCCAGGCUGGAGCAGGUUGACCCUGUAAGUCUCUGCGUUAGACCAGCUCCAUAGUGGCCCUGGCCUUGUCGCCCAUCUGGAGUCUGCCUGUGAUGAUUUCCAGGCACACAGUGGUGCACCUGGGUAAAUUUAUUCCUUUAGUGCUUUACCUCCCAGAGGUCCAAGGCAUGUGCAUUUCUUAAAAGGAAACAAAAUCCAUGUCUGGAGACGUGGACAGUCAGGCCACGACAUCUCGCCUUGAGUCUGCCCUCCCUCCCAGUGGCUGCUUCAGCCCCUUGGCCCUGUUGUCCUGGGCCUCAAGAUUCUUUUUGCAUAUUCAUGAGGGAGCCACAGAGUUGAUCCACACUUGCCUUCUGUCAGCUAAGGCUGUUCCUCCAGUGGCAGCCAGGUCCCCAAGGGCCAGCUGCAGAGCACAUAGUGAGACCCUUGCCCAGGUGCUGUUCGGAUGUAGAUGCAGCUUCUGUAGAGAGAGGGGCAUGCUGGGAGCAGCAGGCACCCAUCUAUCUGUCUUUGGUGAUUCCUCAUCACUGAGGCCCAGUUCCUGGACACUCCCAGGACCAACAGGGAACUCAUAUCUGAUCACUGCCAUUCCUGGGUUUUAAUCCAGAAGUUCCUCUGAGUUCGUCUCCAGAUGAGAUGAGGUUGAACACAGCCACCCUUUAGGACCUCUAGAUUCUUCUGACCACACCUUAGUCUCCUGAGCAGUACCAAGUUGCUGUUUCUGUCCUCACUGUGGGAAUGGCAUGGCAUGUUGGUGACCUCUCAGUGGGAUCAGGCUCAGCCUGGACAGCUUGGAGCACGGAGCAGAGAGGGCAGAAAGAAAACAAAUCGAAGACAAGGGGCUGGCAGUUCUGUGCUUCCCACUGACUCCAAGACCCGGCUUCAGGAGGCCAACCUGUAGUCUCACUUGACCUGGUUCACUUACCUGCUAAGUUGCACAUGGGGUACAGUCCCCCAAACCACCAUUCAGACGGUGCAUCCCUGGUCUUCUCCAAAAGCACCACUGAGAACAUGUGACGAUGGGCUUUUGAUUUACAAAUGGUACAUUUCACUUACAGUGGAACAGAAAGGAAACCACUUAAUGACCCCCUCGUUUCCAAGCAUGAGUACAUUUUAAUGAAACGAUUUUAUUGUAUUUGAGGAAAUGGAGAGUUGAAAAUUCCAACCAAUCAAUAGCCAAUUAGUUGCUAUAAA